CUUCAGCUCGAUUCAAUAGUCCCCUCCUCUCCGAUAUGUCAAUCCCCCCAAAGGUCGCUACUGAGGUCCGUGAUGUUCAUAGGAUCGAGAGAAUUGGUGCCCAUAGUCACAUACGAGGACUUGGUCUUGAUGACGCUUUGGAUGCUCGGAAGAUUUCUCAAGGCAUGGUCGGACAGAGAGGAGCUCGUAAGGCAGCGGGAAUCAUAUUGAAGAUGAUCCAAGAAGGGAAGAUCGCCGGAAGGGCUAUACUCAUAGCUGGCCAACCUGGUACGGGAAAAACGGCACUUGCGAUGGCUUUGGCGAAGGCGCUCGGCGAAGACACUCCCUUUACUAUGUUGGCUGGAAGUGAAAUAUUCUCACUAGAGAUGAGCAAGACUGAGGCUCUCACUCAAGCGUUUCGGAAGUCGAUUGGCGUUAGAAUUCGCGAGGAAGCGGAGAUUAUUGAGGGCGAAGUUGUCGAGAUAGAAAUUGAGAAAUCGAGUGAUGGUGGCCUUGCUAAGUGGGGAAAGAUGGUCCUGAAAACCACAGAAAUGGAAACUAUCUAUGACCUUGGGCAGAAGAUGAUCGAGACGAUUCAGAAGGAUAAGAUCACUGCAGGUGAUGUUAUCAGUAUCGACAAGUCUACAGGGAGGAUCACCGUAUUGGGUAGGAGUUUCGCUAGGUCGAGAGAUUACGAUGCAAUGGGGCCACAAACGAGAUUUGUGCAGUGUCCAGAGGGGGAGCUGCAGAAGAGAAAGGAAGUAGUCCAUACGGUGAAUCUGCAUGAGGUGGAUGUUAUCAAUUCUCGUACACAAGGAUUUCUAGCCUUAUUCGCCGGCGAUACUGGCGAGAUUAAGUCGGAAGUUCGAGAGCAGAUCGAUGCUAAAGUGGGGGAAUGGAAGGAGGAGGGCAAGGCUGACGUUAUUCCUGGCGUAUUGUUCAUCGAUGAGGUUCACAUGUUGGACAUAGAGUGUUUCUCCUUCCUCAAUAGAGCGCUGGAGCAGGAGACAUCUCCAGUGGUGAUAAUGGCGACUAAUAGAGGAAUUACUAAUAUAAGGGGAACUGAUUACAAGUCGCCGCAUGGCAUUCCUCUGGAUCUGUUGGAUAGGAUGCUCAUUAUAUCGACAGUGCCGUACACGGAGAAGGAAAUAAGGCAGAUUGUCGAUAUAAGGAGCGAGGAAGAGGAUGUUGAGAUUUCGGAGGAGGCGAAGGACUUGCUGACUAAGAUAGGAAUGGAUACAAGCUUGCGCUACUGUCUUCAUUUGAUUACCACAGCUAAUCUGGCAGCUCAGAAGAGGCAUUCAUCCGAAGUGGAGGUUCAGGACGUCAGGAGGGUUUAUUCGCUCUUUGUUGAUGUUAAACGCUCAACACAGUUCUUGAUAGACUACCAGCAAGAGUUCAUGUUUAACGAGCUGGAGGGAGAGGAAACGAGCGGUGAGAGUGAAGAGAAGAAUCAAGGUGAUGUUAAGAUGCAGGAGUAGAAGAGAUAGUCUUGAAAUCGAUCACGUGAUCGAUUUACGUCGAUAGAUAUAUUAGUAUUGCUCUCGAAGACUGUGGGUAUUCGAGAC